ACACACUCUCCCUCUCUCUCUCUCUACACACAUUCAGUGUGUGUGGACUGGGCAUAUAAUGUAAGCGUGUUUUUAUAUUUAUGUGUAGUUGUAAAAUUAUUGGGUGUGAAUUUGAAUGUGUCACUAAAAUUAUUGUAUCGAAAGCAAUGGUGCUAAUAUCACACCCAAACACACCCACCACUCACAUGAGUGGUGGGUCUCACACACACUACACACUCUAGUGUAUGUAUAGGAUCCAUCACUUAUGCGAGUGUGGGUGUAUGUUUAGGUGUGAAUUUGAGUGUGUCACCGGAAUUAUUGGUAUCAAAAGUGUUUUGUGUAUUUGUUGGUGAUUUUAUAAUUGUCCCGUGCCGGAAAUUGCACGGUCCAGUUCAACAAGCAGCUCCCCUUCCACAACCCCAGCCCAAGUCCAAGUAGCGUCCAACUAACCCGGGUAAUUUCCACUCUAGAGAGAGAGAGGGAGAGGGGGAAGAGAAAUAGACGCCUAUAUAGAGAGAGAGAAAUUCAGGAGAGAGAUACAUACAAGAAAUAUAUAGGAAGUAGGCGAGGAGUAGCAUUUAGAGAGAGGGAGAGAGAGAGAGGAAAAAAAAAAAGCGGUUGAGGGGAUUUGGUAACGUCGAUUCAGGUGAUGGUGGCUUCAUAAAGGGUCUGUGUUGAAGUGGGGAAAAAAGCGGUGUUUUGCCGAAUAAAGGCUGUUUUGUUGGCGAGGAGCGACAAAGUUCGGAGAGCGGUUUUGUAACGGAUAAGAGAGAGAAAGAGGAGAAGUCGAUUGGAAGUCAUUAGUUACUUAUUGCAUUUCAGAGAGAGAGAGAGUGACAGAGAUAAAAACUGUUACAGCAAUCAAAAGGCCGUGCUCGAGUGUUUAAAGGGGGAAUCCGUAACGGCCUUUUAACACAUCUGUUCUGUUUGUUUGGAUUGAAGACGAUAAUGAUGAUGAUGAUGAUGAUGAAUGAGGUGGGUUGAAGUUCCUCCCAGGGGUCUCUGCAGCUUUCUUAUUAAUUCGUCUCUCUCUCUAGCGCGUGCUUUCUCUCUCUCUGCUGGGAGGUUCGAUUCGGGUUGUUUUGAUGGCGGGAGUGGAUAAUCUCGGAGUUUCUCACACAACAGAUCUGUACACGGAGCUAUGGAAGGCAUGUGCUGGUCCUCUGGUUGAUGUGCCAAGGCAUGGGGAGAGGGUUUUCUACUUCCCACAAGGUCACAUGGAACAGUUACAGGCGUCAACAAAUCAAGAACUUAGUCAACAGAUUCCACAGUUUAAUCUUCCGUCUAAGAUUCUUUGUCGUGUUGUGAACAUACUAUUAAUGGCAGAACCAGAAACAGAUGAAGUCUAUGCACAGAUCACUUUACACCCGGAAGCAGAUCAAACUGUACCCACAAGUCCUGAUCCGUGCCCGGAUGAGCAUCCGAAACAGAAUAAUCAUUUGUUCUGUAAGAUUCUAACGGCAUCUGAUACAAGCACCCAUGGAGGAUUCUCUGUUCUUCGGAAGCAUGCGAAUGAAUGCCUACCUCAACUGGACAUGAACCAGCAAACCCCAACUCAGGAUUUGGUUGCCAAAGAUCUUCAUGGGUUUGAGUGGCGAUUUAAACAUAUAUUCAGAGGUCAACCCCGGAGACAUUUGCUUACAACUGGCUGGAGUACAUUUGUGACUUCCAAGAGAUUACUCGCGGGAGAUGCUUUUGUUUUCUUGAGAGGUGAUAACGGAGAACUGCGAGUUGGUGUUCGGCGACUUGCUCGACAACAGAGCCCUAUGCCACCAUCUGUGAUAUCCAGCCAGAGCAUGCAUCUAGGAGUGCUUGCCACUGCAUCCCAUGCCAUUACUACACAAACCCUCUUUCUUGUAUACUACAAACCAAGGACUAGCCAAUUUAUCAUUGGGUUGAACAAAUAUCUUGAGGCUGUCAAAAAUGGGUUCUCAGUUGGCAAGCGGUUCAAGAUGAGAUUCGAAGGAGAAGAAUCUCCUGAGAGAAGGUUCACGGGCACUAUAAUUGGGGUUGAGGAUAUUUCGCGACAGUGGCCAGACUCUAAGUGGCGGUCAUUGAAGGUCCAAUGGGAUGAACCUGCAACCAUACCAAGGCCAGAGAGGGUUUCACCAUGGGAGAUAGAACCCUUCGUAGCUUCUGCUCCAGUAAACCUGUCUCCGCCACCAGCAGUGAAGAGCAAGAGGCCCCGACCCAUUGAUCUUCCUGUUGCAGAAAAUACUACCAGUUCAGUUGCUUCUGCUUUCUGGUAUCCUAGACCAGCGACAUCAGUAGAAUUCAGCCACUUAGGUAGUAGUUUGACCGAUGUCCAAAGUAACGAAAGCCAAGCUGUCUGGACUCCAAAUCAGAAAGAUCUCCAUAACAGUUACGCUAAUAACAAUAGCUGCUGUAGCUCAAGGGCAUGGGCAGAUGGAAUCUGGCCUCCUUCUCCACUUGGGAAUGGUUCUCUAAAUCUGCAUGGCAACACAAUGGGCGACAACAAAAAUGCAGCAGCCCCUCGAUCUAUUUCCAAUUAUGCCUCUCAUUUCAUUAAUGCAACACCAGGUCAGGUGGAGAGGGGGGGAAAAUAUGAGACUAUUUCUACUGGUUGUCGGUUAUUUGGUAUUGAUCUGAAAAAUUACUCUAACAGUCCUGCUCAUCUAGAGAAGGAACUGCCAUGCCCAAAUGCUGCGCCUAGUGGUGCCAAAGGUACCUUACCAGUUUUGGUUUCUGAAGCGGGGACACCUCAAAAUCAAGACCUUUUGACACCCACAAAGGAACAAAAGCAAGUUCAAUCGGAGGGAUUAACGAAAGAGGUACAGAGCAAGCAGGCUUGCACUAAUUCCACAAGAACACGUACAAAGGUUCAUAUGCAAGGGGUUGCUGUCGGUCGUGCUGUUGACUUGACUGCUUUGGAAGGGUAUGGUCUGCUAAUUGAUGAGCUGGAAAAGAUGUUUGAGAUUAAAGGGGAGCUUCACCUGAGAAAUAAAUGGGAAGUUGUUUACACUGAUGAUGAGGGUGAUAUGAUGCUCGUGGGUGAUGAUCCAUGGCCAGAAUUCUGUAAGAUGGUUAAGAAGAUCUUCAUAUAUAGCAGUGAGGAAGUGAAGAAGAUGCGUCCUGGGUGCAAGCUUCUGUUGUCAUCAUUAGAAGGUGAAGGAACCAUUGUAAGCUUGGAGUCGGAUCUCAAAUCUGAACAGUGAGGUUUGAUUACUUUUUGAAGUUAAAAUCUUUUGGCGGUCUUCGAUCACCGAAAGGGGUACAUGAAGAAAAUGGGGGUUGCUCAGUUUUUUUUUGGAGCUUGCUCAAGAGACAGCUGAAGUAAAUUACAAUGGUUGGUUCUUGUUCUUUUGGAUUGAAAAGUGGUAGACUACUAGCUGUAGUACUAAAGAAACACGGUGAAAGGUUAUUAGAAUUGGAGUUUGUGAAUACCUUGCUUGUGGGUUGUAGUGUGUUUUCUGCUUAUGAAUUAUCAGCCUGUAUGAAUGUAUACUUGUUAUGAUGGCAAGAAAUGCACUAAUCUAGUGUUUGGGGUUUUGUGAGUGGAUAAAUGUUGCCCAGGUUUAAGAAACCUUGCUAUAUAUAUGGCCCUUCUUGUC